AUGGCUUCGAACGUUACCAGCUUCACGUCGCCGCUGGCUGACAAGUUCACGGCUGUCGCCCUGCCACCGCAGCUGGACUAUGUCGUCGACAAGAUCGCCAGUGCCGGUGUCGGCACAUGGCUCUUCACCGUUCUCGCUCUUGCGGUCGCGUACGAUCAAGUCAGCUACUGGACCCAAAAGGGCUGCAUCGUCGGCCCGUCGUUCAAGCAGCCCUUCAUUGGUCCCUUCCUCGAGUCCAUGAACCCGAAGUUCGAGGAGUACCUCGCCAAAUGGCAGAGCGGUCCCCUCAGCUGCGUCUCUGUUUUCCACAAAUUUGUCGUUAUUGCGUCCACCCGUGACCUGGCCCGGAAGAUCUUCAACGCUCCCGCGUACGCCAAGCCAUGUGUCGUUGACAUCGCCACCAAGAUCCUCGGCGAGAAGAGCUGGGUGUUUCUCGAUGGAAAGGAGCAUGUCGACUACCGGAAGGGUCUCAACGGACUCUUCACCCAGAAGGCCUUGGAAUGCUACCUGCCCCGUCAGGAGGAUGUCUACGACAAGGCCUACAAGAAGUACGUCGAGAUCACUAAGGACGCCGGAGGCAAGCCCGUGCCAUUCAUGCACCAGUUCCGUGAACUCAUGUGUGCGACAUCGUGCCGUACCUUCGUCGGUUACUACAUAUCGGACGAGGCCAUUACCAAGAUCUCGGACGACUACUACCUGGUUACGGCUGCUUUGGAGUUGGUCAACUUCCCCGUCAUCGUCCCAUACACCCGCACCUGGUAUGGAAAGAAGGCCGCAGACAUGGUGAUGGACGAAUUCGCAAAGUGCGCCGCCAAGGCCAAGGUUCGCAUGGCUGCCGGUGGUGACAUUACCUGCAUCAUGGAUGCCUGGAUCAAGGGCAUGAUUGACUCCAAGAAAUGGCGCGAGGCUACCGAGAAGGGUCUUUCCACCGAAGGUCUGGAGAAGCCGACUCCCCUCGUCCGCGAUUUCACCGACAUGGAGAUCUCUCAAACCAUCUUCACUUUCCUCUUCGCAUCCCAAGACGCCACAAGCAGCGCUGCCACCUGGCUUUUCCAGAUUACCGCCCAGCGUCCCGACGUUCUUGACAGGGUCCGUGAGGAGAACUACCGUGUUCGUAAUGGCGAUGUCAAUGCCCGGGUUACUCUGGAACAGCUUGAGUCGAUGACGUACACCCGUGCUGUUGUGCGGGAGCUUCUCAGAUGGCGCCCUCCAGUCAUCAUGGUCCCCUACAAGGUCAAGAAGGCGUUCCCCAUCACCGACACUUACACCGUACCCAAGGGCGCCAUGGUCAUUCCCACCACGUAUAUGGCCCUGCGCGACCCAGACGUGUACGAGAACCCCGACGAGUUCGACCCUGAUCGGUAUUACAGCGGCGACGCUGAGGUGAAGGGUUCCAAAAACUACCUGGUCUUCGGCACUGGUCCUCACUACUGUCUCGGACAGCAGUACGCCCAGCUCAACCUGGCUCUUGCCAUUGGUAAGGCGUCUGUGCUUCUGGACUGGAAGCACCACGCAACCCCCAUCUCGGAAGAAAUCAAGGUGUUCGCCACCCUUUUCCCUAAGGAUGACUGCCCGUUGACGUUUCAGGAGAGAAAGUGGUAG